AUGCACUUCACAGCAGCAACGGUACCGCGCCUUCGCCCAACAUCGCUCCUGGGAGGAAGUGACAGGGCAAGGGAGGUACCGCCGGGAGAGGUUGCGCUGCCUGUUACUUUCAGGAGGAUCCGACAGGGAUGGAAAGGGGGAUUUGAGGGUCUCAGCGUCAGUGUUGCGACCCUUGCAGCCGUUGCUGCUAUUGCAGCAACUUACCUAGUGCUCCACUGUGCUCUGUAUUUGGCGAACGCGCGCACGGACAGAGCAGCGCUGAGGUUUCUGUCAGGAGCAGAAGGGACAGCAAACAAAGACCAUGGAGAGCCUUGCGGUGCGUUGGUUGGGAAUCCCGCCGCCCCAGUUGCUGCUGAUUCUGCUGAGGAAGGUGAAGGGAAAGCUCUUGUUAAGCCGGAGGCAGAGGAAGAAUAUCUUGUUGAGCAGGACGUGUUGAGGCGGGUUAGCACUUAUGCCGUGGAACUGGCGAGGUUUAUAAGGAGUGCCGAGCCUCUGCUGCGACGAUUGAAGACCAAGUUGAGAGCCAAGUGCGUAGCAGCUCUGUUGCGUCUGUCUCUGAUGGAGUUUGCAGCUGUGUUCACCUUGUUGGAAAGAAAAGAAAGGGCCGGCAUGAACGAAACGAUAUCUGAAAUUAGCAGCCGAUUGUGGGACGUCCGCGCGAGCCUAGGCAGCAGAGGCAUUUCCCGUCCACAGCGCCGGCACUUCAAAUGUCUUUACGAUUUCCUCGGUAGGAUCACGGAAGUCGAACCCGUUGCAGCGAAACUCGCCGUGAGGCAGCGGCUGCUGAGGAUCGAACACCUGCUGCAGCUGCAGGAUGUGGCCUUAGGGCAACUUGACGCUGGGCUCUUCUGGCUGAGGGCGUCUAUGAAGCGCUUGGAGAAAGCAAAGGCUGAUGCCAAAGCUGCUGCUGCAGCUGCUCAAAGUACAGGUGCAGCUCACAGCGAUGCUGCUGAAGCCUCUGUUGCAGCUCCUGCAGAGCUUGUACCUACUGCAGCUGCUAGAGUUGCAGCAGUUGUUGAGGCUAUCGAAAUGACCGUCCGCAAGCGCAGAGAGCAGGUUCUUGUCGAUCCAGUUAUCAGCCAUUGGCUGCGGGAGGUGCAUGUAGAGAGCCUUCACUACGGGAUCAUCAGCCGCGGCCGUCUCGAGGAAAUAACUUUAAGACCCCUUCAAACCCAGCAGGAGCUCUUAGAAGACCUGCAAUCCACUCCUCUUGGAUCGGGAGACGAUCCCGGUGAGAAGCUACGCCUCGUGUACGGAGACGCACGGGGAGGAACCGCCUCCUCUUCAGUCCCCAAAGCGCCCUGCCGAAAAGACAAACUUUCUCCUUCGGAAAAGCCGAGCCGUGUUGUUCGCGUUCUACGGCCACCGAAGCUCCUUGAACAAGGCUCAGGGAAAAAGGCCAGCGCGACGGGAUCAGCCCCCGUCCCCGCCCGCCACAACAAGCCUGCUGCCUCGGCUGCUACUGCUGACGCUCCUGAGUCCUCUAGUUUGUCGAUGCCAGGUGCUGUUGGUCAGGUGCCUGUUUUUCAUCUGCCCUCUUCUACAUUGUGGGCUUCAGUUGCUGCGCCUCGUUCCUUGCCUGCCUCUGCAUCCGCACUCCCCUCGCCAGCAGCAUCCGCCCCGGCGCCCGAUGGUUUUGACCGCGCCCCGGGUGCAUCAAGGCCCCGUCGUGGAUCUCUUUUCCCAUCCUUCUUCGGCCUGCAUGCAACGUAUAACAGUCCUGCCUACGAUGUAUCGACCGAAGGGCCGUUGCAAGGCAUAGGGGCAGAUGGGAACGCGUUUCGAGAGGCAGGGAAGUUUAUGUCUGUGUCUUCGACACCGCUGCUCCAGGCAGCUCCCUCGGAACCCUUUCGCCAGUCUUCCUGGAGACUGGCAGAAUCUCGACCAUCUUCUGCAGGAACAACCGAGGGAGGUCCUGUAAACAUAUUUGGCUGGCCUCUUACCUUCGCGAUGUUGGGGGUUCCCGAAGGGGGCCGUUACAGACCCGACGGAGGGUUCCUCAUCAAUCAAACGCCCGCUAAGCCAAGUCCUGCAGAGAUUGCUAAGGGGUUUGAGCAGCUUGCAAAACUCUUCGGUGGGGCAUCGAACCAACAGCCAAGCGAAACAAUGCAACGUAAAACGCCACCAGCGGCAGGGGCAGCUCACGUCCCUGAUUCUGCAGCAAGUGCUCCAGCAGCAGCUGAGUCUUCUCCUACCUUGACGAACCCCGACGAAGAGAGUAUUUCACAUUGGGAGUCUCUGUUUGAGUGGAAGUUUGGGCCUUUUUCUCCUUUUUAG